GCUACAGUAGCGCUGCCGCCGCGGAGCAGGGACCGGCAGCUGCACCGGGACCGGGGGGCUCGGGGCGGCCCUCGCUGCCGGCUCCCGCGUGCCUGCGCCCGCCCCGCCCUCCAUUCUAGAUUCAAAAUGACUGUCAAAGCUGUAAAGAUGUCGUGCACUGCUCCAAACGUUUAUACUAAAGUGCCUGACGGAGGAUGGGGUUGGACUGUUGCUUUUGCUUUCUUCUUCGUGGAAGCGCUUACGUAUGGCAUCAUAAAAUCAUUUGGAGUCUUCUUUAAUGACCUGAUGGAAAGUUUUGAUGAAACCAACAGCAGAAUAUCCUGGAUAAUCUCCAUAUGCGUAUUUGUGCAAGCCUUUACAGCUCCCUUGUCAACAAUACUAAGCAAUCGCUUUGGUCACCGUCUGGUGGUGAUGGCUGGAGGGAUACUGGUCAGUGCCGGAAUGAUCACAGCUUCCUUUGCACACUCGGUUGCUGAAAUGUAUAUCACCAUUGGCGUAAUCUCCGGCUUGGGAUACUGCCUCUCCUUUCUCCCGACUGUCACCAUUUUGUCACAGUAUUUUGAAAAAAGACGUUCACUGGUCACUGCAGUGGCAUCUACAGGAGAAUGUUUUGCUGUCUUCUCUUUUGCACCAGCUAUUACUGCCUUGAAAGAGCAGAUUGGUUGGAGGUACAGUCUCCUAUUUGUUGGUAUGCUACAGUUGAACAUUGUCAUCUGUGGAUCGCUGCUGCGACCUAUUAUAAUCAAAGCGCAAGAAGUAGCAAAAGUAUUGCCAGUAGAAGAGCAAACAGAAACAAAGUACAUGCUUGAAAAUGAGCAAACGUGCACCUCAAUAGAGUCCUUCGACUCAGGAGUAGAAGUAACUACCUCACCUCGCAACGUGCCUGGAAAUGCCAAAACGGAGCUGAAAAGUGAAGAACCAAAGGAAACGGUCCAGAUGCUUGUCGACGCUAGCAGCUCCCCUGAAGAACCAAAAACCAAACUACAGCUACUGGACUUUUCUGUGAUGAAAGACUGUAGCUUUAUUUGUUAUGCACUCUUCGGUCUCUUUGCCACUCUGGGCUUCUUUGCCCCCUCACUGUACAUCAUUCCUCUCGGUCUCAGCUGUGGCAUUGACAAAGACCGUUCAGCCUAUAUAUUAUCUGCCAUGGCCAUUGCUGAAGUCUUUGGAAGAAUCGGUGCUGGCUGGAUCCUCAACAAAAAGCCUAUCCGCAAGAUUUACAUUGAACUCAUCUGUGUCAUUCUGCUGUCCAUUGCUCUGUUGGCAUUCCCGUUUGCCUAUGAAUUCUGGGGACUGAUGACGUGUAGCAUUUUUUUCGGGUUCAUGCUUGGGACCGUAGCAGGCACACACAUUCCUCUGUUAGCCGAAGAUGAUGUAGCUGGCAUUGAGAAGAUGUCUUCUGCAGCAGCAGUGUAUGUGUUUAUUCAGAGCUUAUCUGGGUUGGCUGGACCACCCCUGGCAGGUGUACUAGUGGACACAACGCAGAACUACAGGUCAGCUUUCUAUUCCUGUGCUGCUGGCAUGAUCCUCGGUAGUGUGUUCCUGGCCUUUGUCAGACCAUGCAAAACAGGACUGUGUCAAAAUCAGAAGCUGAACUUGGAGGAAAACACGUCAGAAGCUCCAGUAAAUUUACCAGAUGACUUUAUUGAAACAGAUAUUGGGAAAGUAGAUGAUUCAGGAAAAGGCUCUGAAAGCAUGGCCUAAAAGAAAAAAAAAAAAGCUGUUCUCCUUAACCUCCUAGAUGCUGUGCAAGACUGGGAAGGGAAAUGGAGUCAGCUCCACUCCAUAUUUUAAAUUCCACUCUAAAGGGAAUGCAAAGUUUUAAGUGUGAACAGUUGCUACCAACAUUUUCUUUAUACCCCCCUUUUUUAAAAAAAUAAAGAUUGCUUUUGAUAUAUUUUUAAUAUCUAGCAAUGGCAGAUUCCAUUUGAAAUAUGGCCAUGUGCUGCAAGCCAUGGAAGAAUAUUUCUGUCCAGCGUGAAAAUAAGUCACAUUCCUGCUUUCUUAAUAGUACCUAAAGGUUCUAUUGAUCAAGUAAAAGACUUUCAUAAGGACCUUAUGAAAGUCAAAAAUGGCUCAUACAACUAUAUUAACUAGCUCACAGUCUUUGUUAGCCUGCAAGCAUCUUGAAUGGCAAUCCCAGUUCAAUCGAAGUAGAUAUGCUGAAGUAGAGACAGUAACUAAACACACGUAACUUGAACUUUUGGGCUUUUCUACCUAAAGAAUAUGGAUUCUAGUUUUUAGAUUGCUUUUUUGGAUGUUUCAAGGGGUGGGGAAGGGGAUAAACUGAACAGCUGAUUUAUGACAUUGUUAAUGGUGGGGUUCUGGGGUUGUUUGUUUUUUUUUAAAUUAACUUGAACUCCGUCAAUGUUGGGAAGUUGAAGGUUAUCACUUUUUUUUUUUUUAAAUGGCCAGUUAUUGCUGCAGAGAGAGUUGGGGGGAUUUUUUGUCCACACAAGCAUCCUUGAAAAUGUUUCCUGUUAGAUCAGAUAUAUUGUCUUUUAAUUUAAACUAGUAUUUAUUUUAAAUUAUUUGGAGGUUGUUAAAAGCUGUCAAAUAAUUUUGUAUUUGAGAGGAAAAAUAAUCCUGUGGCUUAGCAAAAAAGCCAUUUUACCUCUCCACACCAAUUCUUUCAAUGCCUAUUACAAACUUAAUUUCUUUCUGUCUUUUUUUGUUUUAAGCCUAGGUUGUAGUGACUGCUCUCUGUUUUUAAUAGGUAAGUCUUACACAACCCAUGCUCUUUGAGGGGA